UAUUAGGACCGCCACUCUGGCUGCGGCUGGCGAGCCCAGCGUGGUGGGGUCGGGAGCGCGGAAAGAUGGCGGGGCUCCCGAAGUCUCUCUCAGGCCAGGACGUAGGGUUCGUCUGCUCUUCCACUCCAGUCACUCCUAGGUCGUACGGGGCCUGUCGGUAACCUAUGGGGAUGCGCCCCGCCGGCCGCCCGGUUCCCAGGGCCGCCCCUCGGGUUCGCGGAUGCCGGUGGAGGCGAGAGCGAGGCCCCGGGCAGUGUGUGAGCUCCGCGGCCGCGGCUUGGUCUGGACUCACCAGCUGGCGGCGACCCCUGGGCUUCUGCCCCGACUGCACCGCAACGGACUGCCAAACCCUCCACUUAUCCGGUUCCGGCGUUAUAAAGGGCUUAAAUAGGAAUCUGUAUUGGACCGCAUGCCUUUCUUGAGACUUUAUCCCCCUUCCUUCCCCUUACGGGCUGUUGCACAGCAUGGCUUUCGUCUAAAAUCAAGAAGAUUGUUAUUUUUUAGAUCAUUUGCAUAUCUUACGAUUAAAGACAGAAUACCACAGAUCUUAACUAAGGUUAUUGAUACAUUGCAUCGACACAAAAGUGAAUUUUUUGAGAAACAUGGUGAGAAAGGCCUGGAAGCUGAAAAGAAAGCUAUUUCUCUUCUUUCUAAAUUACGGAAUGAAUUACAAACAGAUAAACCAAUUAUCCCCUUGGUUGAGAAAUUUGUUGAUACUGACAUAUGGAAUCAGUACCUAGAAUAUCAGCAGAGUCUUUUAAAUGAAAGGGAUGGAAAACCAAGGUGGUUUCUCUCACCAUGGUUGUUUGUAGAAUGCUACAUGUAUCGUAGAAUUCAUGAAGCAGUUAUCCAGAGUCCACCAAUCGAUGACUUUGAUGUAUUUAAAGAAUCAAAAGACCAAAGUUUCUUUGAGUCACAGGAAUCUAUCAUUGCUUUGUGUACUUACCUGCAAGAAUUGUUGAGCACUCUUGAAGACCUAGAUGAAAAUCAACUGAAAAAUGAGUUUUUAAAACUUCUGCAGAUUUCACUGUGGGGAAAUAAGUGUGAUCUGUCUUUAUCAGGAGGGGAGACUAGUGCUCAGAAGAACAAUAUAAUAAAUUCUCUGGAAGACCUAAAACCUUUCAUUUUAGUGGAUGACAUGGAACAUCUUUGGUCAUUGCUUAGCAAUUGCAAGAAAACCAGAGAAAAAACAUCAAUGGUUAGAGUGGAUGUUGUUUUGGAUAAUUCUGGGUUUGAACUUGUUACAGAUUUAGUAUUAGUUGACUUCUUACUGUCCUCUAAACUGGCUGCUGAGAUCCAUUUUUAUGGAAAAACUAUCCCAUGGUUUGUUUCUGAUACUACUAUCCAUGAUUUUAAGUGGUUAAUUGCACAAAUGAAACAGUCUAACCAUAAGUGCAUGUCCAAGUGUGGGGCUGACUGGGAAAACUAUAUCAGAACAGGUAGAUGGGUGUACCAGGAUCAUAUCUUUUGGACUCUACCUCAUGAAUACUCUGCAAUGUCUCAGGUUGCCCCUGACUUAUAUGCUGAACUGCAAAAGGCCAAUUUAAUUUUAUUCAAGGGUGAUUUGAAUUAUAGGAAGUUGACAGGCGACAGAAAGUGGGAGUUUACCAUUCCAUUUCACCAGGCUCUGAACGGCUUCCAUCCUGCCCCUCUCUGCAGUGUGAGGACGUUAAAGGCUGAGGUUCAGGUGGGCCUGCAGACUGGGCAAGGUGAGCAGCUCGCGGCCUCCGAGCCUGGCUGGCUGACCAGUGGGAAAUAUGGCAUAUUUCAGUUUGAUGGUCCAUGUUGACUCAGUUUAAGAAAUCUCAGUUUUGGAGAAAGAUGUGAUACUCACUUUUCCUCCCCAGACAAGAAGUGUGUGAAUUCCAUCACUUGGCCUACUCUCUUAGCUCUGGGAAGCUUAGCUCCUCAGUGCUACAUACUCUCUGGAUGAUUCCUUUAUUUGAACAUUUUGCCAAUACAUUGUUUGGGGAUGGAUGGUUUAAGUUAGUUACAGAUAUUUACAUUUAUGUUAAAGUUUUAGUAACAUUUCAGAAUAAACACAUCAUUUCAAAUGACCUUAAUGAACUUAUUUUUAAUUGGGUAGAAGGCAAAAAAAUAUGUGAAUUCUUAGUUAACCCUAUUUUUUUCUUUAAUACUUUACUGCAUGAUAUUUAACAUUCUAGGAAGCAUGGAAUUUUAUUAACUUGAUUUGGGGCUCCUGAAAUAAGGGUUCCAUGAAAAUAUAUAUUUUAAUGACUUUGUAAAAAGAAGCAUUUCUUACAACCGUGAUGUUUACUCUUGAAAGUAAAACUUACCUCAUAAGUUAAUUCUAACUUUUGUUCUUCUUGAAUUCUAUUUAAUUUAAAAUAAUAGAUUGUUUUGUUUCCAUGCAUUUGUGUUUUGAUUGGCUUGUGGAUGGAUGGUAGGAAGCACAAAAUAAAACAGAAUGAAAUGAAUGCUAUUUGGAGAAAUGUAAUAUUUUUACAUUCUAUGUAUAAUACCCAUAAUCAAUUGAAAUAUAUUACUUUUCACAAGUGUUUUCAAUGAACAGAUUUUUAUUUGCACUGCAGUUUUUAAAAAUGUGUUAGAUAGAAAAGAUUCUUGUGCAUUGAAUUUGGAAUACUACCAAGUUAAUUAACUUUUUUAUAUUCUUACACAUUUGUUGGUGAUCGCCACAGAUAUUUAAGAUUAUAGAGGUCAGUUUGUUUUCAAAUUGAAAUUGGAAAUAAGCCUGGAAAUGUUUUCUUGCAUUAGAAUAAUAAAUGAAUUGUACUGAAAAUCUUCUUGGUUUUAUAUUUCCAUUGGUGGAAAGUCAAGAAUGAAAGAUUA